UUAGCAUAUGUCACAUUAUGGAGUGCAUAUUAAGUUUAGUAAUCUAAAUAGCUACUUAAUCCAUAGAAAAUAGACGCGCUGCAGUUGUGACAACAAUGCGCCAUUUUACAAUCCAACAGGAAGACCCCGGAGCGCGCGAGACAUGAAACCUCGCGCUUUAUCGCGAGACCACACUGAGACCUCAGGAUUUUGAGCCGUUAUCGACCAGUCAUGUUAAAUUAUUAUUAUUAUUAUGGCUUAUACAAAAGUUAUGUAAAUUCUGGAGAGCGUAAAUAACUUGUGCAAGUUAUCCACCUACAUCCGUGAUUUAUGUUAAACAUUACACAAAGCGUGCAGCAAAUGACUACGAGUUACCAUGGUUACUGGAUGCAUCCAAACACAACAUGACCCGACCAGCUGAGGAGCUACAUAUGGGCUUUAAGUCCCAAAAUUAACAAAAAUAAUUUGGACACAUCUGUAACUUGAGAGGCUCAUAGAAACUGAAAAAAUGUACAAAGUGGAUUUGCCUUUAGACCAGUCCAUAGAAAAUGCUGUGGAGAGGCGAAGGUCUACAGAAACAGAGCGCAAGGCCCGGAUCUUCAACACUCGGCUCCGUGUGAUGGGUCUCGAUGUUUCUGCUCUCGACCAACAGGUUCAGAAGAAAAAACACCAGCAAAACAUGGAGAUACAACGAGACAAAGCUUUCGAUAAGCUGAGAGAGUAUCACGAUGAAGCUCUGCUGCAGCAAGACAUUGAUGAAAAAGAGAAACAAGACACUUUGCAAGCUGAGCUGACCCAGUAUUGGGCCACUCAUCAGUGUGUAGAGGACUCACGAGAUGCUGAUCUCAAGUGUGGCCUGAAGGGGGCGUUCAGUAGCACCACUCCAGAGGGUAAACUGGGGCCUGCCAGUAUGACACUCUUUCAGGGAGAGGAUAUUGGAGAGGAGCAAAUGAGGAGAGAACAAAUGAAAAGGACAGACAGAGAUCUACGAGCACAGAAGGAAGACAAUGAGAGAAAGCACGUGGGAGAAAAGCAAAGAGAGAUGAUCGUCAACAAAGAGUUGGUGCUUCAGGACCUGAGGGGGGUUCAGCUACAUGCAUUAGACGAGGAGUGUAAGAAAGCUACCCGCAUCGCACUCGACAACUACAAUCAUGCUCUGACUGCAGAGAGGGCAGAGAGACUGAAGGAGCAGCACAGGAGAGAGGAAAUGGAGAAACGUGCAGAGAUGCAGCACACUCUGACAUCCGACAUGAUGACAGAGUGUGCAGAGGCAGCGGAGAGAGAGUUGGGAGGAAGGAGGGCGGCCCGGGUCCUGGUGGACAGGUGGAAGGGGAUGAGCCCCGAGCAGCUGAGCGCCAUCCACAGGGAGAGAGAAGAACAGCGCCAGGAGAGAGAGAGACAACGUGACGCUGAAAAGAUUCAGAAUGCAGCUUGGGAACUCCAGCUGCUGAAGCAGUCCAGAAAAGCAGAGGAGGAGGACAGGAGAGCAGAAGAGCUGAGGAGAGAGAAGAGGAUUCAGACGGAUCAUUACAACAUGCAGCUGGCCAGAGAGCAGCAGGAACAUCAGGAGUUCCUGAACAAGAAGCUCUACACCAACAAACCCAGCAAGGACUACUUUCAUCAGUUCAACACCAGCUCCCGCUGACCCCACACUGCCCCCCCUGACAAUGUGAUAAUAAAAUCUCUUAAUUGCUCACACUCAAUGUUAAUUGAAUCUUCAUUAAGUCAUACUUGCUGAAUUCAAAGUGACAUGGCAUGGAUUUUAUUCCCAGAUAGGCUACUUGUGACAAAGAAGGAACCCUUUUAUUGGUACAGAUUGUAGUGGACA